ACUUUUUCUCUCACUCCAUUCAUUCCAUUGGUUUAUUUUACUGUUUUCUUGAUUGCUUCUCUUUUUCUUUCUCCUUUAACAACAAUAAUAGAAACUGCUAACAGGCACAUAUAUAGAUAUGGCUGCUGCUCUUGCGACUCUCUUUGUCUUCACUUUUGCUGUGGCCUUGUCAACCACUGCUGCAGAUCCUGACUUGCUUCAAGAUAUUUGCGUCGCCGACCUCAAUUCCACUGUGAAAGUCAAUGGAUUCCCCUGCAAGAAAAAUCCAACAGAAGCGGAUUUCUUCUCAGACAUUUUGGCUAAACCAGGAAGCACAAACAACAGCUUGGGUUCACUUGUGACAGGAGCCAAUGUUGAGAAAAUCCCAGGUCUAAACACUCUUGGUGUCUCACUUUCCCGCAUUGACUAUGCCCCUGGUGGCCUUAACCCACCUCACACUCAUCCUCGUGCCACGGAAAUGGUGUUUGUCCUGGAGGGUCAACUCACAGUUGGCUUCAUAACAACUGCCAACAAGCUGUUCGCAAAGGUCAUCAAGAAGGGUGAGACUUUUGUGUUCCCCAAAGGGUUGGUGCAUUUCCAGAAGAACAAUGGAAAUGUGCCUGCUUCUGUUAUUGCUGCAUUUAACAGCCAGCUUCCAGGUACUCAAUCCAUUGCUCUCACAUUGUUUACUGCACAACCAACAGUGCCUGACAAUGUCUUGACCAAGGCUUUCCAGAUUGGUACCAAGCAAGUUGAGAAAAUUAAGUCCAGACUUGCUUCCAAGUAGAGACUGAGACUUAAUUAACAAAUUUCUCUUACUGAUAACAUUGCAUUAUAUACUUAGACAUGUUUCAGGUUGUGACAUUUAAGUGGGUGUGGAGUUUUGUACUUCAGUUUCUGUUCUUUCAGAAUAAAACACAUGCUCUGUUUUCUAAUUCAGAGUAUAAACAUGGCAAAAGUGUGAAAAAUAUUUCCUUUCUUCUAGUUAGUACUUACCUGUAAUGAACCUUUUUUGUUACAACUGCCUCUUCAAAAUUUGGUUGCUAGAGUAAAUGUGGAGGAGGAGAUAAUCAUAA